CGACCCGACCUGACCACCUAGAUUCUAUAGCCCCUCACAGAAGAAAACAAAGAACACACAGAUUGGUACAACACAGAAACCACCAGUAGUUGUUGAGUGUACAACGAGAAUAACAAAUGUUGUCUGAUACCACCCAGAAGCAGUAGUAAUCACACCCCCUUUCUUCUUUAUUCAAUCGAUUGAACUGAAAUCAGUCGCUAGGGUUCAAGAAUCCCAAGAAAUGUGGACCAUACCUUUGGGAAUCUCAAUCUCUCCCAAUUUCAACAAGUUGCCCCUUUUCUCUCCUUCUUCUAGGUUUCCCCAAUCUUCUCUCUCUCAUCACAUCUCCAGAUCAUCAGAUACGACAGGGAUUUGCAAAGCGAGUCAAGCGGUCGAAAUAUUUCCGAUCGUAUCCCCUGAAAUCGUUGUUCGUGAGGCAAGAAUCGAGGAUUGUUGGGAAGUUGCGGAAACACAUUGUAGCUCCUUCUUCCCUGAAUAUUCAUUCCCAUUAGACUUUGUUUUAAGGCUUGAUAGACUACUUGCACUCGUUUUUGGAUUAUCAGUACCAAAUGGUUGUAGAAGAACAUGUUUGGUUGCUGUCACCGGUGCUUCCGAAGAUGAUACUUUCUGUAUCGGUGAUGAAGAUCUUAAAAUAGCCGGUUUUGGUGCAAAGAUUAGUCUGAAUAAGGGAUACGUUGCUGGAAUUUUGACUCUAGACACCGUUGCUGACUUUCUUCCUAGAAAAGGACCUCUUCGUCAGCGAAGGACUGGCAUUGCGUACGUGUCAAAUGUCGCAGUUAGAGAAAGAUUUAGACGAAAGGGAAUAGCUAAAAAGCUGAUAGCAAAAGCUGAAGCGCAAGCCAUAAGCUGGGGUUGUCGGUCCAUUGCGUUGCAUUGUGACCUAAACAACCCGGGUGCCACCAACUUAUACCGAAGUCAGGGUUUUAGAGAUAUCAAGGUACCCGAAGGAGCCAAGUGGCCGCAGCCCAGAACCUCGCCUGAUAUGCAGUUCAACUUCAUGAUGAAACUCCUCCAUAAAAACCGAACCAGUUAGAUUCGUUUGAUGCACCACUAAUGUUUGAAAAGGUAAAGUUAAUCGAGCGAGUCAAGUAUAGCAACUGUUGUAUAUUUUCAUAAUCUAGUACUUGCUUAUUCAUGUAAGAUAAAUGGAAAUUCUGUUUUUUUUUUCCUUAUAUUUUUGAAGAAUGUACAUUAUCAUAUUAACUUAUAUGUUUCAAGAUUGUUUUUGGUACACAGGACCUAUAUAAACCGUUUCUAACCA